AUUUUUUUCCAUUAAAAACUACUUGAACCAAUUAAUCAAUUUUCAAAAUAGUGGUGAUUCAUUUUGUAAACGAUUACUAAUCGUUUAACUGUGUCAGCUCUAAUUGACAUUUGACAGAUCAUAUCUUUCUAAAUGGAAGAUUGCUUUAUUUAAAAGCGGUUGCAGCAUGGAAACACUAGGUUCUAGUAAACCACAAAAUAAACCACAAAAUAAUUCAAUUAAUUAUUUGGACAAACCAUCAACUGUGUAGUUAUUAACACACGUUACACUAGAACUUGCCAUAAAGAUUAUAAUCCUAAUAUUUGUCCAUGCAGUUAACUGGAACUAUAGAAUUGAACCAAAUUUCACUUUCCAAAUAAAUUGAAAUGAAUAAUAGAUUAUUUAUAGGAUAAUGUUAAAUUAAAAGACCCAACUGUUGUUUAUGAAAAACAUGCCCUUUUUAAGCAGUAGCUCCAUUACGGAUUAGAGUUCCUGAGCAGUGAUGGUACAGCUCAGAUGUCAUGAGCCAGUGUUUUUUUUUUUUUUUUUUUAGGGGAGGAGUGAGACCUCCCGACCACACUUCAAAUCCACUCCCCUCCAUCACAUCACUCCCCUCAUGUCCACAUGCCAGUCACAGUAUUAUUAUUACUCUUCUUCGUUUACCUCCCGGACAAUUGUUCCAGUGGGACCCCCCCCCGGAGAGGCAAUGGGCUGCACUCCGUCCAAGUCGGGCGUCAUCUACACCCAGGAGCGGGUCAGUCGGGACCUGGACACCUGCUCCACGUUCGUCCCCAGCCUCAAGAGCCCCGUGUGGACGCCGGACAGACCGCGGCUCUGCGUGGAGGGCGGCGGGCAAACCCUCCUCAGCGUUCCCCGCCGAGAUGUCCACGGGCGGUCAGUGAGCCAGUCCUCCCACCCGGAGUCGUGGAGCUCCGCGGGCGGCUCGUUCUCUGUGGCUCCGGGCAGCGGCAGCAGCAGCAGCCCGACCGACUCCGGACCCGCACGAUGACACCGAGGAGGGCUGUCUGCGGGACAACCGGACCGACUCCAUCCCGCACGAUGACACCGAGGAGGGCUGUCUGCGGGACAAGCGGACCGACUCCGGACCCGCACGAUGACACCGAGGAGGGCUGUCUGCGGGACAAGCGGACCGACUCCAUCCCGCACGAUGACACCGAGGAGGGCUGUCUGCGGGACAAGCGGACCGACUCCAUCCCGCACGAUGACACCGAGGAGGGCUGUCUGCGGGACAAGCGGACCGACUCCAUCCCGCACGAUGACACCGAGGAGGGCUGUCUGCGGGACAAGCGGACCGACUCCAUCCCGCACGAUGACACCGAGGAGGGCUGUCUGCGGGACAAGCGGACCGACUCCAUCCCGCACGAUGACACCGAGGAGGGCUGUCUGCGGGACAAGCGGACCGACUCCAUCCCGCACGAUGACACCGAGGAAGGCUGUCUGCGGGACAACCGGACCGACUCCAUCCCGCACAAUGACACCGAGGAGGGCUGUCUGCGGGACAAGCGGACCGUCUGCGGGACAAGCGGACCGACUCCAGACCCGCAAUUGAUACUUUUCACUCUUAUUCGGUGCAAUAACCGUUUCCUUUCGAUGUAGAAGAGGGUUGCGUAGAGGGUAAAACCGGAAGGUCAGCUGUGCGAUGGAUGCAUUCGAUACAGAGCUGCAACAGUUAAUCGAUUAAACGAUUGGUAAAUUAAUCGGCAGCUGUUUUGGUAAUCGAUUAAUCGGUUCAAGUCAAGAUUCUCUGAUUUCAGCUUCUUAAAUGUGAUUAUUUUCCUGUUUCUUUGCUCCUCUGUGACAGUAAAACGAAAUAUCUAUCUACUAAAACAUCAUCUU